UGGGGAAAAAUGAGGAAGGGGUUGAUUUAGGUGGGCCGAGGAGGGAAUUCUUGAGACUAUUGAUGGACACCAUUGCCAGGUCAGCCAUGUUUGAGGGGAAAGAAAACUGCAAGAACUUGGCUCUUGACAGUACUGCUCUCAGAGGGGACUGGUACUACAUCUCUGGCAGAGCCAUUGCAGUGAGCUUGGUACAUGGUGGUCCACCACCUAACUUUCUGUCACCAACAGUAUUUUCCCUUCUGGUUGGAAAUUCAGCAAAUCCAGCCCUGGAAGACAUAGCUGACCUGGAACUCUUUGAAAAAGUCAAAAAGAUAUCUCAAAGUACAACCCUUGAGGACCUUGAAAAGUCAAAAGAACCUCUGCUUGAUUACUUGGCUAAUGCAGGAUGCCUGAGGCCUAUGCGUUCACAAAGAAACAGGGAUCUGCUGGUACAUGACAUUGUCAUGUUUCAGGUCAUCCACAGGGUUCAAGGUCCAUUUCAAAGAUUUUGUGAAGGUCUGAAAACUCUUGGGGUUCUCGAUAAAAUGAGGAGGCAUCCAGACAGUUUUCGCCCUCUGUUCUGCUAUGAGCCACAUAUGCUGACUGCUGACCAGGUGGAUGAUCUUUUCAACAUUCAUCUAUCUCCAGAAGGAAGCAACAGAAGAGCUGCUGAGGAGAUGGUUGUUACCUUCUGGAGAGACUAUCUCCAAGAUGCAGAAGGUAAUUGUCACUUUAGUGCACAAUAAAUAGAUGUAACGAUUUAUAGGUUAGCAUUUCUGAAAUCUUUAUUUUAAAUAACAUACUCAUAUAACGAUAACACCACAUUACCCUCUUGGUUGUAGUAACAUUUUUACAUAGUUCUUUGAGACUAUUGAAAGAUGAAAAGCAUGCUCUAUAGUCAUUUCAAUAACAGUCAUUAAGAUUCUUGCUUUAGAUUAGUACUCACUGAGAAUUUAUGUUGGCCAAAUGAAAUAACCUUUUAACACUUUUUUCCUUCUCUGUUUUAUGCAGAAGAAGAAGGACCUUCCAAAUUGCAGAAGAUAUUGGCCUUUGGAACUGGUGCAACUGCGGUGCCACCUAUUGGCUUUUCCCCAGCACCCUCGAUUGAGUUCAUUCAUAGAGGAGACGAUGACUUCUCUUCUACACCAAUUUUCCCUCUUGCCAACACAUGUGUUAACUGCAUUAGGCUGCCACUGCAUGUUUCAUACCAGCUGUUCAAGGAGAAGUUUGAUUUUGCAUUAG